ACUUUGCACUUCAAGUUAGACCUGUUCACAUAAAUUUGUAUUUUCUUCUUGUUUAUCGCUGUUUCUCUGGAACCAAAGUUUUCAAAGAUUUUAUCAGUGAGACACGAUGGGCAAUUCUUCUUCAAUGCUAACUCAAUAUGAUAUCGAAGAAGUUCAAGAACACAGCCAGAGAUUAUUCUCUCAGCAGGAAAUUGUUUCUUUGUACCAAAGGUUUUGUCAGUUAGAUCGAAAUGCAAAGGGAUUUAUAUCUGCUGAUGAGUUCUUAUCGGUUCCAGAGUUUGCAAUGAAUCCGCUCUCUCAGAGGCUGCUUAAGAUGGUGGAUGGUUUGAACUUUAAGGACUUUGUUGCAUUCUUGUCAGCGUUUACUGCUAAAGCAAGUGUACAACAGAAAAUUAAACUUAUCUUCAAAGUGUAUGAUUCCGACGACAAUGGAAAAGUGUCUUUCAAUGACAUACUAGAAGUGUUACGUGACUUGUCUGGUUCAUUUAUUUCGGAUAAGCAAAGAGAGCAAGUCUUGACCCAGCUUUUGAAAGAAGCAGGUUACUCAAAGGACUCUUACCUAACAUUGGAAGACUUCGUUAAGGUUUUGGGGAGCUCUGGACUAAAAAUGGAGGUUGAAGUUCCGGUUGACUAAGCUAAUUAGAGAGGAGCUUUAACUGCAUGAAUGGUAUGCAUUUUAGAAGAGCAUACAUGUACUAUUGGCUUUCCAUGUUUCCAUAAAUAAAUCAUCACCUUGUAUCAAAAUAAGCUUCAGGUGUUGGU